AUGUUAACGACACCUCCUUUGCCGCCCUUCCACCCCAUUUCCAUGGUGCUGCAUUGUCGACGGUCCAGUGGGAUGCCUGGAUUUACAACGUUCUAUCCUGCCACAUUUCGAUCGGUCAUUCCAUUCCUCUUGGCGUCGCUCGUGUACCACUGCAAAUGGCUCAAGGCUACGCUUGCAGUCGACCAUCCACUGUUUUUGUCGCAUGUGUGGACGAGCGGCACGAUCCCGUCACUCACCACCCACGUCCUCUCAGGUGUCCUUAAGAACAAGAUAUCUGGACUGGUGGCAUCUGGAAUACCACCACAUAUUCCAUGGUCUCUACAAGUCGCAUAG